AGCCGACCCAGCCAGUGUUAGUUCGAGACCUGACCACCGUUGGGAGUAGUCGCGAGGUAUUGGGCGGGAAGACACGUUGGUGUGUUCAUUGUGAUCGUCCAGACGUAUAGCCGGUUCGUGUACUUUUCGUGUGAAAGAAAAGUGUGUGAAGUAGCUUCAGUGAACGUAUCCGAUUGUGACAGCUUGUUGACGCAGUAGAAAAGCGUGGUGAUCCUAAAAACCUUGAUGCUGUUGCCUUUGUAAAUUCAUUUACCCCUUCGUUGUGACAAGUGGGACAAGAAAUAGUGUCAAAUGUACCUUGUUUCAACUGUGGAGCAAUGAAUGACGAGGAUUCGAAAGGAAUCAGUGACUAAGAUGGAGGAACUUUGAAGUACUCGCCUCAAGGUUCAAUGACGGGCAAGGCCAACGCGAGGAGGCGGCAGGAGUGAGAUUUUGGAACGAUUCUUCCGAAUAAUGUGUCCGCCAUGUUGAAAGUGUUGCGCCGGGGCUCGACGCGCUACUUGGCGCUAAGUGCCGUCCUGCUGACAAUACUGCUGUGCCUCUACUACGCUAACUACAACACUACACCCACCGGCAACGCGACCGUUGUCACUUCCUCGGCAUCCGCGUCGGACGUGGCCAAACUGCCCGUCGAGCAGCGAAAAGACGAGGAUACGGCUGCAGUGCCGGGUGAUCAUGGCCCCCUCACCGCUGAGGAGCGUGUGCCUGAGGCAGACCUCCUGGAGCCCGAUCCUGACAGCCUCAUCACGCAGGACACUUGUCCGGUUCUUCCUUCCUCCAAGACCGACGUCGACACGGUGGAGCAGUUCAAAAAGUUCGAGUUCCAGCCCUACUGGAUGAAAAGUCGUGAAUACUGGGACUCCAACUUCGAGGAGCGUUACAAAGUGCGCAAGUCCAAAUGGCCCAAGCUCCCUCUCAAGGUAAUCCUUGUGCCACAUUCGCACAACGACCCGGGCUGGGUGAAGACAUAUGAGAGCUACUACCAUUAUCAGACGCGGAACAUCCUCAACAACAUGGUGGACAAGCUGCAGCGCUUCCGCAACAUGACUUUCAUCUGGACGGAGGUCUCUUUCUUCUCACAGUGGUGGGAGAGCGCGCACCCUACCAAACGGCGGGUGGUAAGAAAGCUGCUGGCUGAGGGGCGUCUGGAGAUCAUGACGGGUGGCUGGGUUAUGACGGACGAAGCUACCACGCACAUCUACGGCAUGCUGGACCAGCUCAUAGAAGGACACCAGUGGGUGAAGAACAACCUGGGACUCACGCCCAAGUCUGGCUGGUCUAUCGACCCUUUCGGACAUGGCUCCACCGUACCGUACUUGCUCAAGAUGUCAGGCAUUUCGGCCACAAUCAUACAGCGCAUCCACUACGCGUGGAAACAGUGGCUGGCCGAGCGACAGAUGGGUGACUUCCUGUGGAGACAGAACUGGGAUAGCGACGGACACACAGAUCUGCUGACGCACAACCAACCCUUCGACAUCUACUCAAUCAAGCACUCCUGCGGCCCGCACCCUCAGGUCUGCCUCAACUUCGACUUCCGGAAGAUACCAGGUGAGUACACAGAGUACAGUCUGCGUGCUGUGCCAAUAGACCAAUACAAUGUGAAACAAAAGGCAGAGUUACUGCUAGAACAAUAUGGUCGAACAGGCUCCCUCUUCCCACACAAUGUUGUCCUGAUGCCUCUUGGUGAUGACUUCCGCUUUGACCAUGAUAUUGAGUGGAACCAGCAAUAUGGCAAUUACAAGAUGCUCUUUGACUACAUAAAUCAAAACAAGGACAAAUAUCAUGCAGAAGUAUCAUUUGGCACGCCAUCAGAUUACUUUGCUGCUGUCAAGGAACGAACCCAGAGCUUCCAAACGUUAAAAGGAGACUUCUUUGUAUACAGCGAUAUCUUUGCUGAAGGUCGGCCAGCUUACUGGAGUGGUUACUUUACUACAAGACCAUAUUGGAAGAUUUUGGACCGAGAAUUGGAAGCUAGUCUGAGAUCAGCAGAGAUUCUAUACACAGUUGCUUUAAACAGAGCAAGACAACAUGGGUUUAACAAAACAAUUCAGCUUUUGGAGAGAGAUUACGAGAGGAUCACGAAGGCCAGGCAGUCACUGGCUUUGUUUCAGCACCAUGACGCUAUAACUGGAACUUCAAAAUCAUUUGUAAUGCACGACUAUGCUCUGAAGAUGUUCGAAGGUAUCCAGGAUACUGUGUUCAUUCAGCAGCGUUGUGCUCAAAUGUUACUCAUGAAAGAUGCAUCAUCGUCAGGUUUGUCAAGAGAAGCUAGUGGGAGCAAAGCGUUUUCAAACAAGCCAUCACAGCCAUUUAUGAACUUCAUUUUACCUGAUAUAGACAGAGAGUCAUAUGAGAAACUUCCGCAAAAAGUUCCUUUGGUUGUACCAAGAAACGAACCUCGGAGAAUAGUUCUGUUCAACUCUCUAGCACAACAGAGGCAGGAUGUUGUAAAGAUCAGGGUGACAACUCCACAUGUGAAGGUAAUGGACUCUGAAGGGAACAUCAUUCCUUAUCAGGUGAACCCAGUAUGGAACCUGACACAUAAUGCCAAAGUUCCGAGCGACAUAAACAAAGAGUCAGGUGAAGGUGUUGUUGAUAAAAUUGAGAACGUUCUGCAGAUGGCAAGGGACUUAUUCGAGGUAAUGUUUGUGGCAGAUCUCCCGCCAUUGUCGCUUGUUACUUACGUUGUUGAGCGAGUGGCAGAGAAGAACUUGCAGGCAAGAUCAGUGGUAUACUGUUCCUCUUGUGGCAGAAAUGUAGAUGAUGCAAGUUAUGUGCCGCCAUUUGAAGUAAAGGGGAUGCAGACGGGUGAUAUUCAGCUUGAGAAUCAUAGGAUGAAGCUUUUGUUUGAUGGCAGAUCAGGUUUUCUGAAAGCUGUCACUCGCAAAGCAACAGGUCACACAACGCAAUGCGGUCUCCAGUUUGCAGCAUAUCCUUCGGCACAGUUCCACAGUGGUGCAUAUCUCUUCAUGCCAGACCCGAACUCCAGAGAGGUCGAGAGGGACAUCCUCGGUUCCAUCGACGGUCCGAACCGUCAUGGUCUGCAGAUUGUCAUCACGUCUGGUCCAAUUGCAUCAGAGCUUUCAGUCAUCUACAGUCCGAUCCUGGCACACUCGGCCCGCAUAUAUCACGCAGCAGGACCUCUGAGUGAAGGAAUCUACAUAGAGAACCUCAUAGACUUCGAGGCACCACCCAAAAACCGCGAGACAGAGCUCUUCAUGAGAGUUGUCACUGAUAUCAGCAAUGGAGAUCCUCCGGAGUUCUACUCUGACCUCAAUGGCUUCCAGAUGCAGAAGAGAGUGAAAGUGGAACGCAUUGGUAUAGAAGGGAACUAUUUCCCUAUCACAUCGAUGGCUUACAUCCAGGACUCUUCACGACGCCUGUCUUUGCUGGUGAACCAUGCACAAGGAGCUGCAUCAUGGCAGCCUGGCUGGCUGGAGGUGAUGCUUGACCGCCGUACACUGUACGAUGAUUCGCGAGGCAUGGGUGAGGGCAUUGUGGACAACAAGCGCAUGAUCACCAAAUUCUGGCUCCUGCUGGAAGAAGUGAAGUCCCAGGACUCAGCAUCCUCUUCCGAAACGUUUUCUCGUCCCAGCCUGUUUGCCCACCACCUGUCAAACAGUCUGCUAUACCCUGCCAACCUAUUUGUGGUGGAGGGGAUGACAGAAGUCCCGUCCGCAGGACAUCAGCCUGCGGACCAUAACCGUCACAAUGAAAUACAGAGAGACUUUCUGCUCAGCAAGAAAGUUGUGUUGACUUCGCGCCCCUUUCCCUGUGAUGUUCAUCUUGUGAAUCUGAGAACCUUGUCAGAUGUUAGCUACACGCAGUUCCCAUCACAGUCGGCCCUCAUGGUGCUGCAGCGGCAAGGUUACGCUUGUGAUGUUGGUACAGGUAUCACAAUCCCUCAGUGCUCUUUUGAAGCGGUCACUGGUAACAAUGCAGACAGAAGUAAGAGUCCAACUUUCCACAAGCGAACGUUUUUCAGUGAUUUGAAUAUGGGAUCCAUUGUCCAAACCUCCCUCACUGGGUUACAUCAGAUACACAAAUUUCAAAGCCUAGAUGGCAUAGAAAUGAGUCCAAUGGAACUGCUAUCACUAAAUGUGACUUUUGUGCUGUGAUAAAAUUUGAUGCAGUGUUCAUAAGUGAGACGUAAUGGUUCGUGCAUACACUGUGGGUGGCUAAGGUGACAGUUAGGUUUACUGGUAUGACAGUUCUUGGUACCAGAUGCACAGUAUUCAUUCAGUUGUUUUUAAUUUAGUGUGGCAUCUUUGUUCUUCUGAAGGCCUUUGUUGAUAUUUAUGGUAGAUUAUUAUAUGUUGUCAGGGCACACUGAAGCAUGGUUGCUUGAUGAACUAUGCUAUAAAUUGGAAGGUCUCCGGUUCCAUUCCCACUAAGGGCAUUGGAUUUUUUAAUUGACCUAAACCUUCCAGUCGCUCUAUGGCCCUGGUGUCGACUCACCCUCUAACAGAAAUGAGUGACAGGAAUCUUCCCGAGGCUCAGGGGCUGCCGGCACAUAAGGCUGACAUCACCGCUGUCUGUGAGCCAAUUGUCUAGAAAAUGUGGGAGCCUCACUGUCUCACAAUCCUAUGGGCCUCCACGGCCUCUUACAGGGGUAGCUUUACCAUUUUUAUUAUAUUUUAACACAGAGUAUUAUAAAUUGAGCUCCAAAGUUCCCAAAUGUCUUCCUUGCGAGUUCUGUAUAGUUUUAUUAACGUAAUAUUUGGAUUUAUUGCUGACAGUUCUUUCAUUUGUAUUUACCUUAAGCAAAUUUUGUUUUGUACUGUGGCGUACCCACCUAUAUUAUGUUGUUGUCAUAAUUGUUUCCAAAUUUGUCCACAGUCGAAUGAAUUCUAAAAGACUUAAUACAUAAAUACCUGUUCGUAUGGUAUAUAUUAAUUAAUAUAUGGCUACUGAAAAACCAAAGACUCCAAGCAACUCCUAUGUAAAACUAGAGAAUCAAGUUUUAUGCUAUCUGAAGUAUAUGAGAAAUGUACAAAUGUACAGCAGGUUCAUUAGAACGUUGGUGUGUACAUAUGUGAAACUAAAUGUUGUUACUGUCAUAUUGAUUUCUUAGAAGAAUCUUGUUCAUAUCUCCUGCAGACAUAAUUUGCUUCAUUACAGAACAUAUCUCUGAGAAGUAUGAAGUAAUUAAUUAGAAUAUGUGUUGCAGAGGGUUUGCGGAACAUAACAGAUUCAUGUUUAGUAGAAAUUGAUAUUUUUACAAGAAAAAAUUGCUGCAUGAACUAACAGUAUAUUGGUGUGUCUCCUAUUUUUAUACCAUCUAAUUGGACGUAAGAGGUGUGCUCCACAUGAUUCACUCCGUGUGCUGGUGUUCAGAAAGAAUGUUACAUUCUUUAAGGUCAAAAGAUCACAGAGCAGAGGGAGAAAUUGAAGAUUCCAGAAGCAACUUCACUGUAUCAGAAGUUUAUUUUACAUGCAAACCAAACUGAAACAGACAUUUUAACAUUUAGUAACUCAUUUACUGGGUUUUAUUGUACACAGUUGUGCGUUUUUCCUGCAAAGUCAAUUGUAACAAAACAAUUUGUUGUACAUGAAGUUGGUAUACCGUCAGAAGAUGUUACUGUAUCAUAUUAACGUGUGUCCUUCUUUAUGAGGUUUUUAAAAAAAUAGCUUUAUUCAGAAGUGUCAAAUUCCAGAACAGCGUUUUCUGAUUUGCUGCAAUUCCAGUGAAUGACUGCACAAGAAUUACACAGAUGACUGAUAAAAAUAGGGUCUUAUUUUUCCCUGCUGUUUAACCAGUUGAUGAAAAGUAAAGAUUUCUUCUUGGUUUUCCAUUACACUGAAUUUCUGCAGUUUCCACCGAUGCAUUUAAUGUGGCAGCACUUCCACCCUUGAGUAAAACUACCCACUCUCGUUUCAUAUAUGUCUUUAGCACAGGGGUGUUGCAACACUUACCGGUAAGGCCCAUAGUAACUAUAUGCAGUAUGAAUUGUUUGAUACACAAGCAUCAGCGUCUAUUAUCGUUACAGGUCAUCUUUACUAUGCAAAUUACAUACAAAUACAAAUAAUGUUGCAAAUGAAUUAUAAGAACAAUACACAUUAACAUUAAAAGUCAGCCUGAUUAAAACAUGAUACAAAAAAUAAAUAUUUGCCUCCAGCAGCAGGCCAUUGUUGCACAUGACUUCAAACAGUGAUUUCAAAAUGCCCAGUCAUAACUAAAUUCAGCCAGCUGUCCAUGAAUCGUCGCUGUGUUCGAGAGUUCAGAUCAUCUUCUCAAGGCAGCAGACCAGACUGUCUCUCUUUGAGACCUCAGAUCAGAAUCAAAUCACCAAAUAGGUCAUCACAGGAGGGGCAAGAGGUUAAGGAAGCAAAGGUGGUAAGGUGGUAACGCCAUAACUCAAUCAAAAAUCUUAGGGCAUGGUGAUGAAUUGGGCCAAAUCAAGGAUAAUCCUAGUCUUCCCUAUUUUAUUAGAAGACUUAAGAAUUUGCUGUGGAUUAACUAUUUCAUUCUCAUGUGCCAGAAUGACAUUCCUGCUGCUGUUUUCCAGAAGAAUUUGGCCACAAAAAGAGAACCCUUCUUAUCCUUCCCAGUUGUAGCCAGAAAGAAUUGAGUAAUAUAUUACUCUAGGCUUGCAAUUUUAGCAUGUGUUGCUUUGAUUGAUUUUAGGUUAUAUGCAGUAUAGUUCUUUUCCAAUCUAAAAUUGCCGAGAGGUUCUUGAAAAUAUUAAAUGAUUGUUGGAAAGUAAUGCCAACAUAAAAUUAAAGGAGGUGCAAUAACAACCUGUAACCUUAUUAUGGUUGUAAAAUAUUUUUCAUAUAUUUCGGUUGAGUAAUUUAUUUGAAAACAAUUCAUGCAGCUAUAUAAUGUAAUAUUUCAUGGCCCUCAUUCACUUUCUACAAACAGAAAAAACGUCUUUGAAAUGCAAGUCCAAAUCAAAACAAGUGCGCUGAAUUUUCUGUAUAUAGCUCUUACCUGGCUAUUGAAUCUAUUGGUGAGAACUACAGAUAUUUAUUUGUAUGUGUUUUUGUGAGUUUGGACAUGAGAAUGCUGCACUUCUGUCAGGUGCAAGAGAACAGCACGUUAUGGCUUACGAACAGAGAAUUCUUCAGUGAGAACUGAUAAUGAGCCACCAUUCGUUUGGUUUAAUAUUUUAAAAUUCAGUAUCCUUAGCCCAGAGAUUUAAGAACAAUGUUUUAAUACAUAUAGUUUCAGUGUUCACUGAAUUUCUUACACGAAAGUGCAGCAAGAAAAUGUAGGGGUUGUACAUAAGUAUUAGUUAACAUAAAGAUUAUUACAUUUAAAAUUAAAAUAAAUAUUUCAAUGCCAAAAAGGGGCUGGAACAUAUUUGUGCUCUACCAAGAAGUGUGUGUGUGGUCAUUAUGUAUAAAUGAAUGAAAGGAAAGGUGUGCAAGUGACGUACUGUAAAAUUAAUUUAAAUCAAGAAAGGGACACAAAUGGACGACUGAUUAUGUAUCAGAUUUUGUGGCAUUAUAUAUAGCUGUUAUAUAAAUUA